AUGGCCUCUUCCGCCCGUUCCUCGACGGUACAGCCGAUGGGCAGGGCUCUAUCAACGCUUCAAGACUUUCUCGAGCUCCAGGUCCCGUACAAAACGCACUACGCUCGCAGUCUCGACUUGCUCGAUUCGCUUGAGCGCUCCACUUUCAACUCGGACACAGCAUCUGGAACGACGCAAGGUGACUCCGCCUUCUGUCGCAUGCCUGGGGAGAAGCUUCUGCGACUUGCGGCUGCGGUUGAAGAUCCGACCCUAAUCGAUCGAGUGACGCGAGGUCUACGACAGGGUCUCGAACGCUCGACGACGGGGCCGGGAAGAGGGCUCUAUGCACCGAUUCCCGAGAUGGCGAAGCAUCACCUGGAGCGGGUUCUCGGCGAGGAGCUUCCAUGGCCGGUCGGCAGCGCAGAAUUAAGUCUCGAACGUCUCGGUAUGUCCAUCUCGGGGAUUGUUGAACCGAUUGUGAGCGAACUGUACGAGGAGCCGGUGCGAAUCUAUCCCCGAGCACCCAACCCGACGAUGGGACAGAAAGUGGAACAAACCCGAGCUCUGGUUGAGGGCGUCACAGGCAAGGUUUUGACCACGGUUGCCAUCGAUACGGCGACGCAACCCAUGCUCGAGUCCUUCUUUAGCCCAGAGGUUAUAGACGCGGAAAGGUGGAGGCCGCCUGGCUCCGUGGGUAAUGCACUCGACAUGCGGUUAGCCGAGGGACGCGUGGGCCGCACCAUACGAUUGGGCGGCGGCUUCGCCAUGGCGUUCACGGUUAGUGGACCCGGUUCUAAUAAUGCGAUGCGACGCACACCUCGAGAUCUCAAUUGUGACGCACGCGUUUCAACAGAUGAUGCUACAAAUCGAUGCCGCAGCGAACGGUCGAUUUGGACUUUACUGGGCUGCGCCUUAUUUCAUUUUGACCGAACUCGGUGAGUCUGCGCCGCAUCAUGAUCGGGAGACAGCGUGCAGCAGCACGCAAAAUCCCGGCUGGCGCUGACCACUUGACCACACCGGUACCGAGCAGUCGAGUUCGGAGGAAGAUCGUACCUGCUGGUGAGCAAGGUGUGCUCAUCAGUCGGCGCACGUGGCUCCUCGGAAUCGAGCACGAACUUGUUCGCGGUCCUCGUCGCCAUCUUCGCAAGUUUUCAUCCCAGCUAUCCGAUCGAAGGCCCCUCAAAUAAUUUCAUGCUUGCACUGCACGAUGAUGCGGCUGACCACGAAACGAACGCCUCCGCGGUGGCACUUCGACCUCUGUGCGCCCUCAAAGAUACGGCGGCGCCUCUGCUUAAGGACGAAGAGGCGGUCAUCGAGUUGAGGCACCUUCCUGGCACCGAAGUAAGCCGAUCGCACAUCUCCGCUUGUUUGUUGUUGGGCCAUAUCUUGGACCGUCUUCUGAUCAUUCGUGUAGCGCAGAUCGUCUGUGACGAUGCUAUGGACCGCGACUCGUGUAUGCUCGCAAUUCGGGUGGAGCUCGAUUGCGCACGUUCCCUUCUGCUUCUCCGCUUAUUCUCUUGCAUUCGGUGUGGGAUCCUCCUAGUUCUUCUCCACCAGGCUCGGUGAAGCUUGGGACAAGGUCCCCGAAAGUCUGGCGUGGUUUGACGUGCCGGUCGCUGACGCGAGAAGACUUGAUCGUCUCGAUCUCGUGGCGCCAAUCGGGCGCGGGCGGACGUGUACGGUAUGGAAGGCACAGUGGUCGCGUGGUGCGGCAGCCGUCGAUGCGCCCACAACAUUGUCAGUCGGUCAUGUUGCCGCAGAAGUCGCUAUCGUCGCCAAAGUCGUUCCAGCCGAGUUCGCGUCGUCGGUCGCCCGCGAGUACUUCAUCUACACCACAGCGGUACCGCGGCUGUCCGCUGCUGCGCAGGCUCUCUUCCCAGAAUUCUAUGGCCUAUACCGCAGUGGAUGGGACGGGGGUGGUUACAUCCUUGUGAUGGAAGAUGUUGGAAAUCCCGUCAAGCACGAAGAAAUGUAUUCCGAUUCGUGUCUGGGACGGGACGCACGGUAAGUUCUCCCCACGUCGCCGCUGGCUCUCUGGCAAGCGCUGACGAGGCUUAUACACUUGCGCUGCCGCACAUCUAGAGCGGCUUUCCGUUUGCUGCGAGAGGAGGGUUUGUAUCACGAUGAUGAGAGUGGAGAUAACGUGGCCUGUCGAACGGACGGUCGAAUCUUCAUCAUCGAUUGGGGGGAGGCGAGCUUUUCGUGGCACGACAAGUUCUCGACCCCACCACGGCGUUGUGCGCUUUCGCCAAGUGACGAAGUGGCUGUGAUGUCGGCAGACUUGGCACCCGUGCAAUCACGUACUAGACUGUGUCUUUAAGUCGCAUCUGCUCCCGUCUUGAAUUACUCUUCGUUGUCGUGUCGUCACUCAUAUUGCAAUGUGGCCAAGCUUUCACUUUCAGUGCCACCCUGAUCAAGAUACUCAAGUUGGCAACGAAGCCCUUGAAUACUUUGGAGGUCUUUGUUACUUAGACACAUUAUGGUUCCAUCCAAGGCUUCCACUAUGGUGACCAAGUGCCGCGCAAUAUUCUGCUACGCGAGGACCGGUCCUUGUGUCUGAUCGACUGA